AUGUCGGAUACACCCGGGCAGCGCCAGGCCAAAGUCGACAGCUCCUCGGCCUGUCAAACCGGAAAGCUCCCGUCCUCUGACGGUUUUCCCCCGUCGCCCAACUUCUACAUUACCGUUCAUUGUUUCGCAGAACAAGCAACCUUGACAACUCUCUUGCUUCUCCACUCGAGUCGCGCACCGCCGCGCGUUUCCACUCGUUCUCCUCCCUCGAUCAGCGCGAUCGUCGCUUCGACGAUUCAAAACCCUCUCCUUCGCCGCGCGCAACGCUGCACUGCGCGAGGCAUGAACGGGGAGUACAGCCCGCCUAGUGCAACUUCCGGCGCGUCCACCGACGCCACUCUGUCGCCGAACCGAUUUCUCGCAACCACAACAAAGAAUACCAUGGCCGUUCCGGCCUUUCUCCCGCCACCGCAGGCCUACCGCCCUACCGCCACUCCUCAGUCGGGCUACCCGCCAUCUCUCCCGAAUACCAAUUCCUAUGAUCGCGACGCGCAUAAGCCACAGGGAACGCCGUUGUCCGUGACGCCCCCAACGCUCUCUUCGGCGCUGAUCCGGAACCUCCCGCUGAACACGUCAGAAGAGUCGCUGCGCCUCAUGAUGGUCUUUUCCAAGGAUCUCGUCGAUGUCGAGGUCUUGCCCGCCGAGCAAUCUGCCGAUGCAGGCUUCCGAUCUGCCGUUCUCAAAUUCAAAAGCCCGGCUGGCGCCCAGGAGGCCAAGAACAUGCUGGAUGGUAGGUCCAACAUCUCGAAUGAUGCCGAGAUGGUCGUCGAGAUUCUAGGCAGCGCAAGUCCCACCACGUCAGGGAACCGAUUUCCGAUUGACAUGGCCACCGGUGCAUCCAACGGAGCCGUCUCCGCGACCCCAUCCGCACCAUCGUCAAGGCAUAAAUCGCGAUUCGAUGGAACGUUCCAGUCGUUGGAAAAGAUCUCUCCUCCCAUGAACGGCAUGUAUGGAGGUGACUUGGCUACCCACGAGACCGGCCCGUCCUCCUACCAGAACCUCUUCGGGCCCCAGUCGCCGAUCGGAAACCAUCUUGCGAAUGGCGCUCAGGUCACGGGCAAGUCGCUAAUCGAUUCCGCCGAAGACGACGAAACCAAGGAACUGCUCAACGACCCGGUUGGCUUUGCCGAGAACGGCCUGCAGCGCCGCCAGACAGCACCGCAGCUACCCAUAUCUCACAUGGCGGGCCUCUCGCUGACCACCUCCCCGAGUCCCGGCGCGCACGCCGUGAUGCCGUUCUAUGGCCAUGCCAACAUAGGGUCGCUCUCGGGGCUGUCGAACACCAUGUCUCCGACCACGAUGGGCGGACCCGGAACAGGCUACAAUUCUCAGGUCCAACACCGGAUGAACAACUUCCCGCCGGCUAACCCCGCCGACCAGAACCCGCCUUGCAACACGCUCUAUGUCGGCAAUUUGCCCCUCGACACGUCGGAGGAGGAACUCAAAGCCCUGUUUUCGCGACAACGAGGAUACAAGCGGCUCUGCUUUCGGACCAAGCAGAACGGGCCUAUGUGUUUUGUCGAGUUUGAAGAUGUGACCUUCGCGACCAAGGCCCUGCACGACCUCUACGGACAGCUUCUCCACAACAGCGUCAAAGGCGGCAUUCGCUUAAGCUUCUCCAAGAACCCGCUCGGUGUCCGUUCUGGCCAGAACCAGGCCCAAAACGGCGCGGGUGCCCUGGGUAGCAUGAACGGAAUCCACUCCGGGUCAAACGGCGGGUUCACGACCGCCAAUGGACCUCCGCCAGGUCUGAGCGCGCCUCCCGGCCUCGGCUCCAACCGUAGUGGAUAUACGGCGUCGUCUGCUCUCGCCACCGGCACGGCUACUAAUUUCUACGCCUCGCCCACCGGCGCUAAUGGGCCCAGUAACCCUUGGGGCGGCAUGUACAGCGGAAACGGACAUGCGAUGGCUGGCACCACCUCGGCUUUCUCAUCGUAUAUGAUGGGUCGAUGA